CGGGCACCCCGCGGCGCCUUAAGCAGCGGUUAAAGGCGCCCUGUGCCGUUACGAGUAGGGCGGUAGCGCCUCGGUGUUAGGGUUUAUGUCCUGUUUACGGGCGCUAAACCGAGCCCGGGAAGAGCAAUUCAGGAUUCCUGUGUUGCAACAGGAGUGACAGAUUUGCCUUUGCGAAGGAACAUACAAAGCAACCAUGCAAAGAUUGCGUCACAGACCUCUGAAACAGUUGAACUUCCAGUCAUUGCACCAAAUGCAAAAGGAUAUUAAUAUUUCCGACUCCGCGUGUGUCUAAAACUUAUUUUAACAGGAAUAGUGCGGUCUUAUUUUCCUACUGAUGCCCUGUAACAGUCUUUUUUUUUUUCCUAGUAUAGGAAAAUAAAGACUUUAAAAAAGAUAUGAGGUGUUCUCCUGUUAAGGCAAGAAUUUCAUCCUGCUGCUAGGAUCUAAUAAUGCAGCUUUGAUUACAGAAAAAAAAAAGAAGCUUAAUUACAGUUAAAACUAAAGUAUUACAUUUUUAAGACAAUUUAGAAUUUAAAAAUAUAUACAGAUACUUUUUUGUUGGGGAGGGGAGGUGGUGUUACCUGCUUCAGUCCUUUCAGGUCCUGGGUAUCACAGGCCUUACCUCCUUAAGCGUGUCUUAGGAGGACAGAGCAGGUGAAAAACAGGGUGUUUGUGUGUGGAUAAAUGGUCGUUAAUUGGCCUGUGCUCUUGGAAAGCGGUGUUCCACAAGUGUUAAACUGGCUUGAUAAACUCUGUAGACUAGUGCCGCUGCCAAGAGAAGCGGCCCCAUUACUACCUGGCCUUCUGCUACACCAUGCCUUUGAAGGCACGGGUAACUGGGUGGUAAACUGGUGGGAAUUCGUUCAGCCAAAAAUUAACAAACUAACAUUCUUCCCCUCGCUCCUCCUCUUUGUUAUAACCUUUAAUAAAAUUCUUAAAACUUCUUUCUCCUCAGCACAUCACUGGGGGCUUUUUCAAGGUUUUCGUUUGUUUCGCCACCACAGCUUCAGUUUUCCUCAUCUUUUUUAUACCAUUAAUGCUUGAGCUAGUGACUGUGCUUUUCUUUAGGGACUCCUGUGGUAUUAAUAUUGAUAAAACUGAGUCUCUCAACGUUCCCUCCAAAUAAUUAUAAUACUGUCUAAGGUAAAAAGCAUUGAAAUCUGUGAUGUGGCAUGUAUCUUGCAGGUUUUAUGUUAGCAUUAGAACAAGCAGUUGAGGUUCUGACAGUAGCUUUGCAAAAAAAAAAAAAAAAAAGGACAGCAAAUAAGUCUUACCUGUAAUUGGCAUUCCUUAAUACAAUAGCUGCUUUCCAUGUUGCUGAAUUAAGAGUUUUCACUGGCUACUAUCUUUGACAGUGAAAAGGAAGAACUGAGGAGAAAACAAACUAUGAAAGUAUUGAUUAUUGGCCUCGGCGGGGUAACAAAUGGGGGGAAAACAACGCUGGCAGAAAAGCUUAAGAAAAUGCUUCCCAACUGCGAUGUAAUCUCUCAAGAUGACUUCUUUAAGCCAGAGUCUGAAGUAGAAACAGAUGAACGUGGAUUUAAGCUAUAUGAUGUACUUGAUGCCCUCUAUAUGGAUGAAAUGGUGAAAAGUAUUCGCAACUGGAUGAAAAAGCCAGCAAGCUCAGGUGUUGUGACAGAAGAGCCACAGAAUGCUUGUGACAAUCUGAAAAAUACAGAUGAUGUUUAUAUUUUGAUUGUUGAAGGCUUUCUGCUAUACAAUUAUGAGCCUCUUAAUGAACUAUGGAAUAGAAGAUAUUUUUUGACCCUUCCUUAUGAAGAGUGCAAAAGGAGAAGGAGCACCAGAGUCUAUCAGCCAGCAGAUACACCGGGGUUCUUCGAUGGACACGUGUGGCCUAUGUAUAUGAAAUAUAAAAAUGAAUUGGAAGAGAAUGCAAGUAACAUUGUUUAUUUGGAUGGAACAAAAUCCCAAGAGGAGCUUUUAUCCUGUGUGUAUAGUGAUAUAAUACAGGAAUUAAAAAAGCUGAGGGAAGGAAAUCAGCAGGUCACAGCGUGAUAAUGUAGAAAGCCUGGGUUCCAUUUGAUACGAAUUGAAAACCCCAAGACUGUCAUACUUGGCAAGCCAGCCAACUGAGCAGAUGUUCUGUGUACAUCCAUAAUAUUAGCUCAUACAACUCAAGUGGAUUUGUAGUGACUAUUAACUCUGUAAGCCUCAGAUACUGUUGAGUAGUAUCAACAGUGCAUUAUUCUUGAGAAUUUCUUCAAUUAGUCAUGCUUUGGCUGAUCUGUAAAUCUGAUUGAAUGUGUAUGUUUUAAAGAAUAUAAACAUUUCUGUGUACAAAACUAUAAAGAUGUAGUUCUGGUGGAUUAGUAAGCAUAUCUGAACACGGAUGAAUGCAAUCUGAAACGUUCAUAUUAGGAUGACAGUGACUACCUCUAGUAUUUUUAUUAGCUUCUAAUCACUGAUAAAUAUGGUUAGAGGAACUAGCUAUAUGCUGUGGCAAUAGUAAAUUUAAGAUUUUUAUGAGCUGUUACACUGCUUAUACAGUAACUGAAGCUGUUACUGAAGACAACCUAACUGAACUUACUCAGACUUGCUAAAUAUCUCUGUGGUGUUUGUCAAGUAAUUUGUAUGCUGUGCAUUGCUUGGAGCAGUUGGGAAUAGAUAUUUAAAGAAAAACAAACAAACCUGAAGAGAAGUCACAUUACUGGAAAAAGAUGGGGGAAUAAGAUGUCAGAAGGACUGCAGAUGCAUUCCCAGCAAGAUUAAGUACAUAUAUUGUGCAAAGAUUGAUUAUUGUGGGUGGCAUAGACUACCAGACAAUAAAUGCAUGCUUCAGGGAGAAGGAAGGGAAAAAUAAUUCUUGUUAAUUUUCAUAGCUCAGGUUGAAAUUAUACUAAUUACAGUGUUCAGAAAGCAGGUAUGCUAAAUGUACAUUAAAACUGUGUUACAGGAUUUGUGUUUAUAUAUGUUCAGGUAAACUAGGGAAGUGGUAUGUUUGAAUCGUCUUUUGUUGCCGAGUGAGUAAUGUAUUAACUCUUACAUUUUCAAUCUCUUACAUCUUUAUCAGCCUGAAUAAAAAACAAGUUGUAAACAUGAGAAGCAAAUGAUGGACUGCAUUACUAUGUGUCAGCUGAACUGAUCAUGGUGACUGAAAUUUAGUACUUUACUGUUAACAGUGUUAAGAGUCCUAAACCUGUCUUAAACAGAUUA